AUGAAACUACAUAAGGGAAGAAGGAAAAGACUUCUCCAAAAAAUUGGAUGGGUUGUUGUAGACUCACAGGAAAAGUUCAACGACCAAGCCAUCUCAAUUAACCAGCUGGUCUAUCCAACCUUGCCGUACUCACAGCUUUCAGGGCCACCUGAACAACUUCUGCUGUCCUCUCCUACUCCCCCAAGAAAGGAGAGCCCUUCGCUGAGUAAUGCAUCUCUCACUAUCAGAGCAAAAGUACGACAGAUGAUCCUUUCAGACCCUCAAUGGAAAGAGCGAACAGGAUUCCCCAGUCAUUUCUACAAGACUAUACAAAGUUGUGUCUUUGACGUAACUCCAUUCCCAAGAUUGGGUCCUGAAGAAGAACCUUACAUCGAAGAGUUUGACUUACAAGAUCCAACCGGUUCCGACUGUGGGCGGCCAUCUUCAACUAACGAGCAGGCAGCUUCCCUUCGGUACAAGCGAUGGCAUCGACGGGAAGCUCUAUUCAAGGCGGCGCAAAGAUGUCAAUUGAAAAAAGAGUAG